GGGGUUGGGUGGGUGGGCGCGGCCGCCGCAGUCGCAGCGGGGCCGUCUUCCGCGGGCCGGCUGGUUCGGCCUGUGCAGCCCGCACCCGUGCCCCUCGCCCGGCCCGAUGGCUCCGCGGCCGCUGAGCCCCUUGGUGCUGGCGCUGGGCGGCGCCGCGGCCGUGCUGGGCUCAGUACUCUUCAUCCUCUGGAAGGCCUACUUCGGGCGCGGACGGGAGCGGCGCUGGGACCGGGGCGAGGCCUGGUGGGGCGCGGAGCCCGCCUGCCUCCCUGAGUGGGACGAGUGGGACCCUGAAGACGAGGAGGACGAAGAGCCCCCGCUGGAGGAGUUAGAGCAGCGCGAGGUGCUGGUGCUGGGGCUGGAUGGCUCGGGGAAGAGCACGUUCCUGCGCGUGCUGUCCGGGAAGCCACCGCUGGAAGGCCACAUCCCCACCUGGGGCUUCAACUCUGUGCGGCUGCCCACCAAGGAUUUCGAGGUGGACCUGCUAGAGAUCGGUGGCAGCCAGAACCUACGCUUCUACUGGAAGGAGUUUGUGAAUGAAGUUGACGUGCUGGUGUUCAUGGUGGACUCGGCUGACCGGCUGCGGCUGCCCUGGGCCCGGCAGGAACUACACAAGCUGCUGGACAAGGACCCUGACCUGCCUGUCGUUGUGGUGGCCAACAAGCAGGUAAGAUAUUCCAGCCAUGAAGGUAAGAAGUGCUGGGAUAAACCUGGAGAUCCUAGCAAGGAGUUUUCUGAAACCUCCCUGCUUCUCCAAGCCAAGCCUGCCCGCCAGACUGCAGCAUCCAGUGUUAUUCACCCCCGUCGGGAAGAUGAAAGACUUUUCUCCCCCUCAUCUGGAGACAAGCCGCUGCUCUCGCACUAGCUGGGCCAAUGCCCAUGUUUACAGAGGUCUGGGGAAGGAGCCUGUGUCCCUGGGGAGAAGACUGUCAACUGGACCUGGGUGUUGGCCUCAGAAAUGCAUUUUAAUUAUUUAUUUAUUUAUACAAGGAACAGACCAAAGUUUCAGGUUCUGUUUCUAGGUGCUGUUAUCAAAACCCCAGAUGACUGUCAUGGAAAAUCUGUGUCUUUGGAAUUGUAAGACGUGUGAUAACCUGCACAUCAUUGGAGACAAAGCUCUAGCUUUCCCCCAUCAUUUACAGCUGUAAUCCGUAUCCUACUUUAUGUCAAUCCACGUGAACUUAAAACUCCACCGCUUGGCCCAGUAUGUCAAAAGGACACAACCCCCUUCCGUGUAGAUGGUGACUCCAGGAAAGGAAAUUUCAAUCAUGUAAAUCCAAGUGAAAAGAAAUGGGAAUUAGCAGAUCAGCCAGCCGGGUACCUGAGGCUUUGGGUACCCCAGCCUUUCUGGACUUGCUGAUUCCCCAACUAAAAGUUAGAAUUUCUGUUCUCUCCAGUGUACACUCCAUGAUUCUGUUUCUGGUGAUCAGCCAGUUUACCUAUAUAUUGACACUUCUCUUUAGUGGAGGCAAAGGAAGGAGCCUUUUGUCUCCCAGGGGCCAUGAGUAAUCAGUAGCCACAGAUGGACUGUUUUUUAGAGGAGAUGCCCAACUCGGUUUGCUUUUUAAUUGAGAAUAGAGAUGAUGUGCCUUCAUUUCAGUUGACAUUGGCUCAGUGUGCCUCAGUUCCAUGCUGUGGCCUACGUGAGAAGAGGCACAAGGAGGGUUGGUGGGGUGGGACACUCCUGAAGUCCAGAAGUGUGACUGUAGUUAGAAUGGCCUGCUGUGCUUGUGGGCUGUGGAUGUAGUGACAGAAUCACUGUUCUUUGAAAUUCUAAUUAACUUUCUGAAGAAGAAA